AUGACUCCUUCAAAGCCUACGAUAUCCCACGACAGCCAAGAACUCGAUGAGGCCCGAGACGCAUCCUUACUCCUCUCUUCUCCUCUUUCAACUCCCCUCACCACAAGCCCCGAGCUGGUCUCAAUUCAGUCGCUGGCCGACCAAAACCCGACACCACUCAGCAUGAUGGACGACUCAUGUUUUCUCGACAUUGACAAGUGCAUCUUGACUGGUCUCGAGGCGGGCAGUGUUAGUGCUCCAGCUAGUGUCGACAAGACCACAUCAUCUUCCAACCAAUCACCAUCGAAUUCAGUGGGGUUACCUGCUACAAAUGAAGACCCCAGCACUCACAGCCAGCGCAGUGCAGAUCUUCCUGGACCUAAAGAGACUGCAGAUGACGGAAACGCCGAACCGACACGUGCCGCUGACGAUGGUAAUGUUCUUCAUUCAUCUAGGGAGGAUUUCAUUUUACAACCAAUUCUAGAUGGUCAAUCGAGCGAAAAGUCUCUAGAAAUCACCCAAACAGGCCAACCGAAAAACGGUGCAUCGCAAGCGCAGCCAAAAGUCAUUUCGCCGUCUACUUUAAAUACGACAGGCCUGUCUGCCCAAAAUAGCAACGCCCCAUCAAACGCCGUCGACCCUGCUCUUGGUUUCAGGGGCCAUCAUUUCGAUCAGCACGAGUAUCGAAUAGAUAAUUCGACAAGACACCAGCAAUACGAGACGAUUUCAGCACCACCCACUGGGCCCUCAUCUGUGGCAGCGCUCCCUGCGCGAGGGACAGCCACAGCACCUACUCAAGGUGCCACUCGGGCCAUGUCUAGUACUACCUCCUCCACUAGCAACAGUUCUGUCCCCCCUGGGCAUCAAAGACACCGCAACGAUCAUUCCUCACACGACAACGGUUUUCCUCCCUCAAACAAUACAUCCCUUUCUUCUCGAUUAAGUGGCAUCAAACUUGAUACAAGUUUUAUACGGCCUACGCCAAGACCAAUCGUCCGCACCGCACCCGACUCUCCAUCCCUUAAUAUCAAACAUCCAACUCCCGACAUCACCUCCCAGGCACGAUCCGGAGCCUACGUUGGUAACAUCGCACAACUCGAAGCGACUGCCGAACGAUUGUCUAUGACAAGUUCCAUCGACGAUGCGAUCCGAGAUUUACACACUGAACUAAAGCGAUCCGACAGUAGACGUUCCUCAAUACUCGCUGCCAGUCUCAAAGCCUCAGGGUCUAUUGACGAUUACAACGCUCCUGGUUCCGCUGUCGAACAAUUAAGACGACACCCAUCUAUCGCUUCCUCCAUUGUUUCAACAAACAACGCUGCACGCCACGGUGGUUAUUCCCCCGCUGGAUACGUACUUUCUCCGAACCACUCCUUUACCGGGCGACUCAGAUCGGGAUCCAAGAACUCGGCAGGCCGACCGGACUUUGACCUCGAUUCUGUCUUAUCACGACACGGCCCGGGCAAGGCAUCUGUUAGGAGUGUUCGCUCUACAAAGGUUUCUCUGGCCGAGAUUUCAGAAUCCGAACCUAUUGCACUGACCCAAGACGUUCUCGACAUGGCCGACAAGACCCCUGCCAAGAAUCCCGAGGGCGACUCCCUAUUACCUGAGGAGCUCCGCGACGCCAACAUGCCCGCCACAGAUGUUUUCCAGAACAUGAUGGGAGAUGAUGAUUUUAUGGAGAACAAUCAGCACUCGCAUGCCGGUGCAAAAACUGGUCACCAGGCGUCCCGAGAUCCACAACGACCUGGAAGUUCGCACUCGGACACGACUUUCCAACAAUGUCAAGAUGCGUUUGGUGAUUUUGAUGGUGUACACUGGGUUCCCGACCAAGAUGACCCAUACGCUCCCCCAGACGGCGUAGAGCCCCAAUCUCAAGCUGCACACCGACCGGCUCCACGACCAGACACCCGGCCCCAAUCGUACAUGGACCCCGAAUCUGGUCAACAGAUGCUCUACUACCCAGCUCGUGUCCCCGCUAUGCUCAACUUGCCUCCCAAGCUUUCCAACAAGCCCAAGGCCAAUGAAAGGAACAAGCGACGCUCCCAGGUAAUGAGUGCUAUGUUGGAUGGCGGCAGAAAAUCACAGGUUCUGGAUGCUCCUGUUCCAGAGCGGGAUACAACUAGAGACUCCUGGCUGCCCGAUCCUCUUGCUGGCCACCGAGCAUCAUUCAUUGCCCUGACAUCUGAUGAGCUCAGGGAACUAGGUCAACAGCCAGAUCCAGCUCGUUCUUUGCAUUCGGAUCAGGAUGUCGCCCCUGUUGUGCAACCUGAAGCCACUGCCGAUUCGUCAGUUGAGACACUGAGGCGUCCUCAAAAGCUGUCUCGCAAGAACCAAGACGAGCGAAAGUCGAGAAUGUCAAAUUUGCCACCGCAACUGAGAGCAAGUGCUUUCUUUGAUCUCCCUGACAACACGCAGCCGGAUAUCGAAGUCAAGGACGGAUCGGCGAUGGCCACUCUGGAAAGUAUCCUGGACGCUUCCGCCAAUGCCCCUGUCAGUGCAUUCACCGAUCAUGAACGUGCCGGCAGGCUCGGAAAAGAGGUCUACGGCAAAGAAAAGAAGCGCACGUCGGUUGCUGCGUCUACCGCUCUUCAACCUGAGCCUGACAAGAAGCAUGCUAGGAAACGCUCUUCUUUUCUGUGGCUCGGUAAACGUCAUAGCCAUGUUAGUGACGACAACAAGGAUAACAAGGAUCAAAAGGCCCAAUCUGAGUCUGGGUUGGGGCCAGUGAACGCAGAGACCAACGCAGGCGAGAACGAUGGUUUGGCUCGUAGCGUUAAUGACCUCGGAGACGUGCAUAGCGAUGAUGAGCAGCAGGCUGCCAAAGAGGAGGCCGAAGAUGUUACUGAGGAAGAGGACUACCACGGCCCUCCGACAACACUACUUGCUGAACUACAGCUCCGCAAACAGCAGCAGAAGGAGCGAACCCAACGGACAUUUGGGCCGGGUGGCAUGCACGCAACCUUGCUAGAGAUGGACGCUGUUGCAGAGACCCAAAAGAAAUCAAGGAAUACCAAGCGUAUCAACUUGGCCUGGGAAGAGGGGGGUCAAGUACAGCUUGUCGAUGAGGACUCUGAUGACGAGGACAUACCUUUGGCCGUCAUCGCAGCACGCAACCAGGGUGCAAAGAAUGUUAUGGAUCUGAACCGUCCCAUAGGUUUGAUGGAGCGUCGUGAGAUAGAAGAGAACGAACCCCUCAGUCACCGCCGAGCCCGUCUACAUGGCCAAGAUCCUCGAUCUAUGGUUAUUACCAACCGACCAAGCAUGAACAACCUCAGCGCUAACUAUCUCCCCACAACACCUCACUCUGUCGCACCGCACUCUGUGCAGAACGCAUCCACCGAGCCCGAUGACGAGUUUGAAGGAGAGACACUUGCGGACAGAAAGAAGCGCCUUGCUGCCAAGGAAGAGGCUGAGAAUCUUUUGCCCAAGGCCCGCCCUGUCAGUAGUGCCUUUUCCGUUGAACUCCUGAACCAAUUUGAGGAUCCUGAGGAGAAGAAAAAGAAGGAAGAGGAGAGUAAGCCCAAGUCUGGAGAGGAGGAGACUUUGGGUCAACGCCGCCGUCGCCUGCAAGCUGAGCGUGAAGCUCGUGAGCGGGAAAUGAGCUUCAACCAGCUGAAUGCAAGUUCUGAGGAGGCCCCAGUGCCAAUUCCCGGCGUCAACGGGCAAAUGCAUCAGAUGUCAAGUGUCCUUUCUGCCCAUCCCAAGAGGAGUGUAAAUGAGGCCAUGGCAGAGCGCGAGCGCCUUGAGCGUGAGAGGAGAAUGGUCAGAGAAGGUGACGUGAGGAUGGCAGCCUAUAGAAGCCAGAUGCCUCAAACCCAGGGAGUUGCGGGUAAUGCCCAUUCUGGCGGUUACCGUGGUGGUACUUUCAACAAUGGCCUUGGCGGUCAAAACUCUCAAGCUGCUAUGUCUUCACCAGCUCUUCACACCCAGCUUCUUAACCAGCCCGCUCUUAACCAUCGAAAGAGUGCCGUGUUUAAUACAUAUGGUGCCCCGAUACAACCAGGUCCGUACGGCGCCGGCGGUAUGAGCGUCUAUGGCGGGAACAUGUUGCAGCCCGGUAUGCAAAUGCCUGGCCAGGCCGGCCCUACCAACAGAAUCGAACAGUGGCGCCAGGGUGUUCUCCCUUAA